AUGGCUUCACGAAGCAUGCACCGGUUCCGAACAGCGUUCGUUGGACUCUAUCGAGCUGUCCAGAAACAGACAUGUCCUAAUCAUGGAUACUCACGAUGUUUACACCAGGGAGCACCACUUACACAGGCCUUGGGAAUAAGCGAGCCUGUGUCUAAACCUGCUGGCCGUCACACUGUCACCAUGGUGCCAGGAGACGGGGUGGGACCUGACCUAAUGACUAGCGUCCGUGAGGUAUUCAGCGCCGCUGGUGUGCCGAUUGACUUUGAGGAAAUCUUCAUCAGUGAGGUUCAGAAAGGUACCAGUGCAGAUCUGGAGGCGGUUGUGCAGUCUCUGCGGACCAAUGGAGUCGGGCUUAAAGGAAUUAUAGCUUCACCCAGUGGCUUCAAGGGGGGCAUCCUCCAGACCCUCAAUAUGAGGCUCAGGUCUGAGCUGGACCUGUUUGCUAAUGUGGUCCUGUGCAAGAGUCUGCCUGGCUUCAAGACGCGGCACAAUAACCUGGACUUUGUGAUCAUUAGAGAACAGACCGAAGGAGAAUACAGCGCUUUAGAGCAUGAGAGUGUAGAAGGAGUUGUCGAAUGUUUGAAGAUUGUUACAAGAGCCAAGUCGAGUCGUAUUGCCAAGUUUGCAUUUGACUAUGCAGUUCGUCAUGGGAGGAAGAAAGUGACAGCAGUUCACAAGGCUAACAUCAUGAAGCUGGGGGACGGACUGUUCCUUCAGUGUUGUGAAGAAGUGGCUGCCCUUUACCCAAAGAUUGAGUUUGAGACCAUGAUCAUUGACAACUGUUGUAUGCAGCUUGUAUCCAACCCGCAUCAGUUUGAUGUGAUGGUGAUGCCUAACCUCUAUGGUAACAUUGUGGACAACCUGGCAGCUGGACUGGUAGGGGGUGCUGGGGUAGUCCCAGGGGAGAGUUACAGUCAAGAGGUGGCAAUCUUUGAACCCGGGGCUAGACACCCGUUUGCUCAGGCAGUGGGUCGUGACAUUGCCAACCCGACAGCUAUCUUGUCUGCAUCUGUCAACAUGCUGACACACAUGCAUCUGGAAUUUCAUGCCAAAGUCAUUGGGGAUGCCCUGGAACGAGUGAUCAAGGCGGGCAAGGUGAGAACUCCAGACAUGGGAGGCUACUCAACCACCACUGAUUUCACCGGAGCAGUAAUAGAUCAUAUUGACUUAUGACCUUAGUGCCUCAAUUAGUGUAACUUUAAUAAUACCGUACAUCUUUGUAGUCACUGUCAAGAACUCAACAAUGGAAGUAAAACAAUAUUUGUUAGUGUUUAUACAUCACUGAUGGCAAAUGUUUUUUUUUUAUAUCACAUAAAACCUGAAGGACUAUUUAUGUUCUUUUGUGAAGUGUAUUGUAAUUUGGCUUGGUCCUCAGCAUUGUACCUGUUGUUUUCAGACACCUGCUGUGGUGGGCACUUUGUUAGCUGUGUUAUCCUCGUAUUUGAAUGUUAUUACAUGUUAUGUUCUGCUAAAUUUGUAUUAAUGUUGAAUUUUAAAUGAUAAUUUAUUACCUCAUGGAUUAACUGCACAUUGAUGUAUAUUGUACCUGUCAGUAGUUCUUCAGUGACCUCAGGCCUGUGUUUAUCAAGCAAGCAAGACCUAGUCACAAAUUGCAAGUGCUUAAAAAUUGUAGAUUGUUCAUUGUACUACAGUAAAGAAUCAGUGUACAAAUUUCCAACUUCGUAGGGCAAAAUAUUUUAAUUGUAGCUGUUUUUUUUUUGAAUUGACUAAGUCUUAAAACCCCAGAUAAAUAUGGUCCCCAGUAAAGUUAAACUGUCAGUUUGUUACCUGGCAGUUGUUUUAUGUAGUUGCAUGAUAUUGAGAGGUGACCAGCACGUGCAUAUAGGUUAACUUUCAAGCAUUUACUUGAAAUAUGUACUCAGGUGCAGGAAAUUAACAAAAAGAAAAAAAAAAAAAAUAG